AUGACAUUUACACCAGUGUCCACUGAUCAACAAAUCGCAGGAAAGAAAAAUUUAAGACAACAUCCAUCAAGAUCAAAUCUUCAAGAAAAUUUACCACCAAAACCCCCAACACAAAAACAUAAUAAUUUACCACCACCAAUAUCACCCCAACAAUUUAAUUUUCUAAGCUUCGGUAACAAUCAGGGUAGCAGUGAUGAUAAUUCUGAUUCUUCAGAUGAUUCUACAACGGAUAAUAGUGAUGUUCUGGCAGAUAACUUGAUUGAUUUAAGUGUAAAUGAAGAUACUGAAUGGAUUUAUCCGGAACAACAAAAAUUAGAUAACCGCGCAUUUGUUGGUAAUCUUUUGCAUACUAUACCUAAAUCAAGGUUAGAGUCAACAUUGGAAGAACAAUUUGGAAGCGUUGUUGAAAUUGACUGCAUAUAUAAUAAGAGAUGUGCAUUUGUAACGUUCGCAAAUAAGACAUCAUAUGAUACUGCUAUCGAGAGAGGAUUCUUUUUCAUUGAAGGAAUAAAAUUGUCAAUUUGUAUGGCAAAAACAAAGAAAAGAAAUCCAAGCUUUAUUAAAAAAGCGGAGUGA